AUUAAACUGAAAACAUGAAGCAAAGAAGAUGCAGGUGCACAUUAGAUAUGAUGAAACUGGCAGCCGCAAUGCGGUGAUGGCACUUACCAGGCAAGUGAGAAUUGAAUUUUAGGCCGCAAAUACACGAAACGCGCUUCCUCGGCCGCGUACAACCUUGUAAAUGCAGAUUGCAUAAAAAACUUUUCAAUAAUCACCCUGUACUUACGAUGACAGUUCCAUUUGAUGCUUGGGAAAUGCUCAAAAUGAAAACAAUAACAACUCGCUGCCGUGUCGUACCACACACAAGCACACCGUUCCACCUUUUACCAAGAAGUCUUGCAGAAUGUGUCCCGGGCUGCAGUGGUAAACCAUGUUUCCGUACAAACAAGCGCGACCAUCCGAAACGGUGGCACCCCAGCUUCAUCCCGAGCUGCACACCAUUUGCCGCACAUGUUUGCAACAGUCAAACGAUACGCGGUCCAUCUUCGACCUGGACCAAACUACCCAGCUUACCUACUCCGAGAAGGUGAUGCAGUGCGUGGACGUAGAAAUCUAUCCGCACGAUAGCCUCCCGAACCGGAUCUGUCGGCAGUGCGUCGAUGAUCUCGAUGUGGCGUGUCGGUUUCGGGCCAACUGCACCAGCUCCAGCGUCGUGCUGCAAACGUACCUCUCGUACAAUGGGCUGGAAGAGAAGCAGCUCGAUAUGAUGCUGCAACCAACGCUUGCACAAUCAAUCCAUUCCGACCCGGACGAUGGGGAAGAAAUAGCAAUACAUCUUGAUUCCGGUGUGAUGUACACGUACAAACCUCCGUCCGGAUUGGACGUGAAGUUGGUGCACCAUAGCGCGGAGGAUGUGAUAUUCAACUCGGGAAACAUGAAAAUGGAUCCUCUCAACGGGAAUGCGGACGUUCCCGUGGAAGAACCGGUGAAUUCGGUAACUGAAACAGUGGCGAUGGUUGAACCGAUGCAUCAUUCUAGCUUAGAUGGAAAUAUCACUCUGGCGAUGGAGAGUGCAGAGGCUACGAAGAACGACCAUAUAGAGUACAUGUUUGAAGUCGUAAAUGAAACGGAAACUGAUGAUUCGAUGUUAGAACCGGCGGUAGAUGUGAUGCAUGUACAGAACACGGCCACUGCCGAUCAAACGCUACGCAAGACCACAAGCAGCAUGACUCCGGACAGCACCAACACCCAUUCCAAAGGCAAACAGUAUUCCUUCGCCAACCGCACCAACGCGGCCAGUGUGAAAACGUUACAAACCAUCCGCAAAUCACACACACCAAACGAGACGAAGCCCACGAUCGAAGCGGUCACAACACAGCCAGCCGCCGAUGGUAGCGGCGUCGAGACGGUAAUUCGCGUAAAACGCAACCUGUCCGCCCCGAAGCCAUCGCUCGUCUGCAAACUGUGCAACGUGACGUACAAGCAUAAGCACGCGCUAGAAACGCACAUGCGGCGGCAUCGCGGCGAUCGACCACACAAGUGUGACUACUGCGAGAAGUCGUUCGUCGUGCCGUUCGAGCUGCAGCGCCACAUGCGCAUCCAUACCGGCCAAAAACCGUACAAAUGUCAAUACUGUGAACGGGCGUACUCGGACUUCGGUAGCAAAACGAAACACGAACGUACACACACGGGUGAACGACCUUAUGCGUGCCACUAUUGUGACAAGACGUUCUCAUACUCGCACGUUCUUAAUAGCCACCUGCUCGUACACACUGGCGUAAAGAAGUAUUGUUGUUCGAUCUGUGGGAAACGGUUCACAAAAUCACACCACUUGAAAACCCACUACAACACACAUCCGAUUACUAAUACCGAUGUGAGUACCGCCCAAGGGUCCGAAAUUGAAAUGACAAACAACAGUAACAGUAAGCAGCAGUCGACGGACGUCAUCUACACGGAACAGCUGCAGGACGAGUUGAUUGCGAGUGCAUCCAAAGACGAGCAGCAAUCAAGUGGCAACGGUGGUGUUCUGGUUGAUUCGUAUCACCAUGGCACCGGUCCCGGACUGAUUGCAGCAACCGAAUGGACGGCAAUGGUGCAUAACAAUGAUGAUGGUGGUGGUGGUGGUAGUGCAACAUCAGCGGCAAUCACGACAGAAGAGUUGGAAAACGUGUCAAUCGUGAACUUUGCCGAUUACAUCAUUAAAAGCGAUGGUCUCGAUGAUCUGCUGGUAGUACAGGACUCGGGCGAUGACGAGCUGGUGGAGCUGGUCGGUCAGCCGAUAAUGCACCGAUGAUGAUGAUGAUGAGUUGGAUGGGUUUGCUGUUAAAUGGCUGUAAAUAUGCGCAUCUCAGUGAGCGAUGAUUAGAAAUUGCGUGAAAGUGAGCCCUGAAAUUUGGAUCCAAUGAAAUUCCUACGUGUAUUUUGAAUGCUUUAGUGCAAAGUGAAGCAUUCUUGAUGAACUUUUUCAUCUUCUUAAUUGGCGCAACCACUGUUUUCGAUUUAGCCCGUGAUAAGCAUAUAAUGGGUUUGACUAUUUGUGACUGGUUUUGUUUUUACCCAUGCCCAGCAACGUCGGUCCAGUGCAUUGGGAAGCAUUUCACGUAAAUAGAGGUAGAGUAUAUUUUGGCAAAAAUGGCAAAAGAUAAUUGAUAUGAGAUCAAACGUAGGAAUAGUAAAUCUAAACCGUUGGAGCAUUUGA